AUGGACCAGUACCCCUUCAGCGUGCUGCAGAUGGACGAGGCCGGCCGCGCCUGCUGGGGCGACAUCCGCGUCAUGACCUGCUGGGGCCACUGCCGGUCACACGAGGUGCCCGACUGGAGGUUCCCAUUCAAGCGCUCCCACCACCCGGUCUGCAUCCACGACCGCGUGCAGCUGCGCACCGUGAGGCUGGAGCACUGCGACCCUGGCGCGGCGCCGGCCACCGCCGACUACAAGUACCUGGACGCCGUCACCUGCAAGUGCGCCGCCUGCAGCUCCGCCCUGACCAGCUGCGAGGGCGCCAAGUACCGCAGCACGCGCAGCUGGCCGGCGGUCCAGGUGCGGAUCGGCUGCUUCCCGUGCUAG